AUGGAUGCAAAGUCUGCAACAAAUUCCACAUCUAGCAUAAUGCAUGCGUCAAAUCCGGUCCAUUCAAGACUAAUCUGGUCACAUGGAAUUCAUGGCCCGUAUAAUAUGAUACAACAAGGUCAUGUGAGCCAGCAACUCUUCUCUUUCUGGCUCAAUCGAGAUCCAGAUUCAAAAGUGGGGGGUGAGAUUGUCUUUGGAGGUUUUGAUUGGAAGCAUUUCAGGGGUGACCAUACCUAUGUUCCUAUUACUAAAAAGGGCUAUUGGCAGAUUGAGGUCGGAGAUAUUCUUAUUGCAAACAAUUCUACAGGAUUGUGUGAACAUGGUUGCGCAGCCAUUGUGGACUCAGGGACAUCAGUAUUUGCUGGUCCAGCCAGCCUCCAGCGGUAUUGA